AUGCACGCGAACGCGCAGGCAGAACCCGACGCGCCGUCUGCGGUGGACGGCCAAACCGUGGCGUGGGUUUUAUCGCAGCUCCGGCGCCGGCAGCGAGAGCUGGAGCGCGCAGGGGCCUACGAGGAAGCGGACGAAGUCUCUGCCUCGAUCGAAAAACUCGAGACAUACGAAGAAAUCAACAAACGUGAGCAGCUCAGGACACUCCACCUGCUCCAGCGUCUGUGCGUCGCCGACUCGCACAAGGAAGAACGUACCAAGUUUCAAAUCGCAUGGGUAGCUGCGAUGGAACGCGAGCUUCGAGCGCGCCAUCACCGCGAGCUUGUUGUGUACGUCGAGAAAAUCUCGUGCGAUGCUCAGCCGCGGGCCCCGCGGUGGAGCGCCAAGCUGCUGGCGUUGCGGAAGCAGGAGAGUCUGCAGGCCAAAGCGAAGAAUUACCGCCAGGCGAAGAAGACGAAGGAAGCUGCGGACGCACUCGAGAUGCGCGAGCUGCACCAGUGGAAGCGAAUUCGGGACGCGCAGAUUCAAAGGAAAGAGGAGGCGUGGAGGAACAAGCAAAAACUCGAGAUGCAGGGUCUCCUCGCCCGCAUCGAAAGCGGACGACGAGAGCUCCUCCGCACGCGCGACGCCGCGCAAGAGAUUCUCAUCAGACGCUAUGCGAACGUCGUGCAUCAACUCGAAAAAGAACAAAAGAUCACCACACUCAAGACUUUUCCGCGCUCCCGGUCCCGCCUAUCCGUGAACUGCGCCGCGGAGGUGUAA